CGAUGAACUCCUGCGGCGGUGAGGCGACAGGACAGCAGACCGAACCAGCAGCUCUGCACGACACUCAGGUACAAUGGCACGAGGGGCAGUGCUGGCGCUGAUGGGGCCGCUGCUGGUGGCGGCGGCCGCCGGCCACACCUACCACACGGGCAGCUGCCCGGCCUACGCGGCCCAGAAGGACUUCGACAUGACCAAGUUCCUCGGCGACUGGUUCGUCUACCAGAAGACGUCCUCGUCCGCCAAGUGCCUGGUCAACAACUACGCGCUGGACGCGGAGCGGCCCGGCGUGUUCAAGCUGGAGCAGUCCAGCGUGCACGCCGUGCUGGGGCUCACCUCCAGGGACGGCCGCUGGAGGUACAACGGCGAGGUCACCCUGCGCGAGAACGCCACCAGCAAAGCCGACCUGCAAGUCAAGUACUCGCUGAACCCCGGCUCCGCCGCCUACACCGUCCUGCUCACCGACUACGACAACUACGCCGCCAUCGUGUCGUGCCAGGACCUCCCCAUCGGCUACCGCGUCUCCGCCACCGUGCUGUCCCGGAAGCGAACGCUUGACAGCAAGCUGGCCGAGAAG